CGGGCGAUCACUUCCGGGUUGGUGGGCCGCGGCGGUGCGCGGUAUGCCGGGAUCGAGUCCCCUGGGUGGUUGGUGGAAGAGAGGCGGCAGCAGUGAUGAGUUACUGCGCAUGUGCGGGCGAGCGGCUCGGGGGCCCUACCUGGUGCUAACAUGCUGCGGCGGAAGCCGACGCGCCUGGAGCUGAAGCUGGACGACAUCGAGGAGUUUGAGGGCGCCCGCAAGGAGCUCGAGAGCCGCAAGAAGCAGCGCGAAGAGGUGGAUUUGGUGGGAGCCAGCGAUGGCGAGAGCGCGCUGGGACUGAACCCUGACCACAAGAGCCGGGAGCAGAUGAUACACGACCGGAUUGGCUACAAACCGCAGCCCAAGCCAAAUAACCGUUCAUCUCAGUUUGGGAACUUUGAGUUCUAGAGCCACAGGGUGGACAGUUGUGGUGCUGGUUUCGGACAAAGCAGGAAUUCCUUUUUUUGUUUGAGUCCGAGAAGCUGUUUAGAAAUGCCUGAAGAGCCCAGGCUGAUCUCCCUGCGUUGAAGGAAUUUGCCCUUCGAGCACAGGAGGGCCUUGCUUUCCUUACAAAGAUGGGAUCUCCUUUUACUGCAUGCCUCUUUCUCGCAGUCUCUUUAGCUGCUGUGUCUUAAAUGAAUGUUUUGCUUUUUAAAAAAGAAACUUUUACCAGCAGCAUGAUAUGAACACGGAUAGACAUUUCUACAUGCGAGAGAGAUUAAAAAUGUUUGGAGUCUUGUGGGUAGGCAAGCUACAGAAGUGAAAUCGAGUCUUUUUUUUUACUUUGCCUCAAGAGAAAGUGGUUGAGUGGGUUUAUUACAACUGAGAGGCCACAGAUUAGAUGUAGGGAACUUUUGACCCUCCAGAUGUUGCUGAAUCACAAACUCCCAUCAUCCCUGGCCACUGACCAUGCUUGCCAGGACUGAAGGGAGUUGUAGUUCAGCAACAUCUGCCACGGUUGGUUAGUGAAAGGGAACAGGCAUUGUAUGCAGAAGCUGCCGGGCUCAAUUGCUGACAUCACCAGUUUAAAAAUACCUUUUGAGUUGCAGGGCUGGGAAGGCGCCUUUGCUGUCAAUACCCUUCCCAAUCAGAGUAGACCGUGGUGGGGAACCUAUAGCCCUCCAGAUGGUGCUAGACUAUAGCUCUCAUCAUCCCCGACCAUUGAUUAUGCUGGCUAAGGCUGAUGGUAGUUGGGAGUCCAACAUCAUCUGGCGGGCGUGGCACAGGUCCUUCUCUCGAGUGAACAUACUGAGCUAAGUGGACCACAGGCCUGACUAGGGGCAACAUCACUACUUUUCUUACGCACCGCCUCCUGCAGAUGGUGUUGCCCACAAUUACAGUCUAAUGCAAGUAUGGGGAAUGUUUGACCUGCCAGAUGUUGAACUACAACUCCCAUCAUCCCUUGCCAUUGGCCAUGCUUGCUGGGGCUGGUGGGAGUUGUAGUCCAGCAACAUCUGGAGAGCCCAAGGUUCUUCGCACCUGAUCUAAUGUCUUUAUGUGGUAUUUUUGCACAAGGAAGGGUGGAUGAAAUAGAUAGAAGGGACCUGGGUCUACUUGUUACUCCGAGCUGUUCCAAAAGUAGUGAAGAAGGCAGUUCUCCACAGGUGCUCCAUACUACCAAACUAAUCUUCCUGUGAACUACUACACUGUGUCACAAGAGACUGUCUGGUAAAUCCAUGGUGGGACAAUAAAACAGCUGUUACUUCCUCUUG